AUGCGGCGGGUACUGUGUGGUGUUUCUGUGCGCUGUGGCGCGCUUUCAUCUCGAUUCUGUAGUGGUGGCAAGGCUGAUAAGCCGAAACUGGAAGAGUUGGCUGCAACAUACUCACAACUCACCCUCAAGGAAUUGUCGGACCUGCAGCGACUUGUUUUCAAGAAACUUGGCCAUAGCGACGACUUCUAUGAAAAGGCAUUACUUCGUGGACUUGGGGGUGGAGGCGGUGGUGGCGCUGCAGUGGCAUUCCCGGUUGCUGCAGCAGCGGGAGCGGCCCCCAGUGGGGCGUCUGCUACUGAGGCUGAACCACCAAAGACUGAAAAGAAGAAAGUCGAAAAAACCUCUUUUGACGUCAAACUUGAGAAGUAUGCUCCCGAUAUUAAGGUAAAGUUGAUAAAGGAACUUCGGUCGGUAACAAACCUUUCCAUUGCUGAUGCAAAGAACGCAAUCGAGAAGUGUCCGGGAUUAGUACAGACGAAUAUGCGCAAAGAGGAUGCCGAGAAACUGAAGGGGCUGUUUGAAAAACUUGGCGCCACCGUCCAGCUGUUGUAG